CCAUUUUUAUAUUUUUAUUUUCUCCUCCUCAAACCUUAGGGUAUGAGGUGGUGAUGGUAAUUUUGCUGAUAAAGGGGUGCAUCAACAGUGUAUGGGAGGAAGGCGCUGGUAGGUAAUUUUGGGUUGGUGCUGUGGUGGUAAUUGCACCGCAAGGCUCGGGGCGGCACACGCCAAAGUUUCGCGACCUGACCCAGAAAAAUUCUGGGGCCGGGAAGAGCAACAAAGCUACUACCCCCGGUAACUUUAUUACUUUUUUACACCUACCUUUCCAACCACACACAGCCCUUGAGCCCUGGAGCAAAAAGACAGAGGACAAAGCCGCCUAAACCGCCUGUACACUUUUUGUCGGCCUUUCGUCGCGUCGUCUUAACCUCGAAUUAUUUUUCAUCAAAUCCUCGCACACCAACCAAUACCAGCUUUUGCGGGGCACAUGUGCAGACAGGGCAAUAGAAGUGCUCGCACAUCACAUUUAACGAUUCUAGCUGUCUGUACUUUUAUCAAUCAACUCUCGACCAUCGAUCAACGAGGCUGCUGAGGUGGCCUGACCCAUGUCCUUCUCGGAGACAUAAUUUUACCGUUUUCUCUGACGGGCUGGCUAGCACUCGUUUAGCGGUUCUCCAGCCACUGACAGUGGUAUUGGCACUACCUAAUCAGUGUACCUAUUCAGUGUACUCAGUGUACCUACUCUGUCACUACUAGGUACAAUACCAAAAUGAGCGAUGCCGACAUGGAUCCAGUAAUGAGUCGGUAUCCCAGCAAGCCUGGUCCUCCAUCACCAACUUCAGCCCCAACUCCAAACAACAACAAAUUUGGAUCCCGGGAUCGUUCACGAGAUGCUGCAAUGAAACACGAUCAAAGAAGUAAAGGCUACGAUAACGACGACCGCGACCGCGUCCGCGAUCGUAGGGAUCGUGAUAGGUCUGAUUUAGAUCGCCGAGUCUCAGCUAGUAAUUCGCAUUCUAGACCAUUUGCAUUUCGGUCUCCCUCACCCAAUUCUCGACGUCCAGGAGCCCACGGUAGCAGGGGUAGAGACAGUCGCGACGAAGCACCUUCUCAGCAGAAUGACAGGCCCCGCAAGCCAGAUGUAAGUCAACGUGGACGAUCGCAAGAUCGUGGUAAAAACUUGGAGGGCGACGGCUCGCGCGAGGCCAAAGAUCGCCACCAGUGGGAAGGUCGCGGUGAGAAAUUUGAACAGGAUAAGCAUCACAACAUACCCACAUCUCCUCGACACGGUCCUAGACGCAACGAUUACGCGAGCCGCGGUCCAAGAGGCCGAUCUUUUUCGCCAGCAUCAAGGAAACGUCGUAGGAGUCGAAGUCCUUUACCUUUCCCACCCACGCGCCCGAAAAAAUCUAGGCGAGAGCGUGAGCGGGACCGUCGACGUCGAACAGAGCGGGCAGAGAAGGCGGAGAGGGCGGAGAGGGAUCAGCUGAAAAAUUCAAUCCCGCCACCCCCUCGAAGGCGGUCCCCCUCGCCUCAAUACGACGACCCACGACCUAAACACGCCGACCGAAGCGAUCCUUCCGAGCCGCAUCGACAUCGCCAGCGUAGCCGUUCGCCGCCUGAUGAAGGAAACCCCGAACGUGAUACUCCCCUUCUCCCCUUACCUAACCCACGUGGGGACUCUCAAACUCGAGAUCGGAGUCACUCGCCGCUAUCUAGCUCACGACGAUCGUCUUUUUCGCACGCCCAUUCACCUACUCGGCCACUUGACGGACCGCAUCCCGGUUCAUCAGAAGCUGGGUCACGUUCUCGUCGAUCUUCCUUGGAGCAUCCCAGGCCCGAUUUUCCGCCUCGAUCACCCAGAGAGCGUGGCUCUCGUCGGUCUCGUAAAAAGGGCAAAUAUCGGGAAGACGUAAGAUUCCCCCCAGGGGGUCACUUGGCAUCUGGUGCAAACAGUAUCGAAGUCAACAUGUCUAGACGACUAGAGAACAGAAGCGGCUCUAGUACUAGUGCCCAAAUACCUCCGACUCGCCCCGGAAACUCUCAGCAUAAUGACCGUCGAUCCGCCCACUCACCUACACGGCCUAAUUCGGGCUCCUCUUUUCAUGAAUCACCGAUGUCGCAAUCGCCUUAUGGUAAUGGUAGAUGGGGUAACCAACGUCAAAACUCGCCUCAUAGGUACAGUCAACCAAAGCGUUCCAGACGAAAGUCACAUUCUCAUAACAAAUUUAGCCAGCACCCUACGCAACGUCCUCAAAGUAGCCAUGGUCCGCCUACUGGCCCCUCGGGUCAUCAUGUCUCAAGCCAAUCACCACCGCACCCACCCACCGGGCCUUCGCAAUCUUACUCUCGCGGCCGUAAUUUUUCUAGGGGAAGUUUUCGAGGUAGCUCACAUCCUGCUCGAGGUGGCUACCGAAACGUGGUAGGCCCCGAAGUCACCCCACGAUCAUCAGGUACUGGUAGGGGAGUCUCCGGCCAAUCUGGGGAUAACACUCCUCGGCAUCAUAGCCCACACCAUGCUACGUCGAAUCAGUCCGAAUUUUCCGGGCCAAAAGAGGAAGAGGAUGACGAUGAUAACACAACUCGGACGUCUAGGACUCUCCAUAACGAAGACUUGACGGAAAAGAAUGCUAACGAACAGAUGCCACCACCUCGACCUCCGCCCACCGCCCCCACAGGCCCCGCAAGUUCGAAGUUCAGCUUCGCUUUCAAAGCCGCGAAUAAGGCUCCGGUUGCGACCCCCAAGCCUGAAAUUUCGCAGAAAUUCAACACGGCUCCUAAAAAGGAACCACUCGUACUUUCCGAUGAGCGAGACAGAGAGCGAGACCGCGACCGAGACCGAGAUCAUCGUGAUCGCGAUCGUGACAGGAACCGAGAGCGGGACCGGCAUCGGGAUAGAGAUCGAGAUCGAGACUUGCCGAGAGACACACCUAGAGAGCCUGCUUCUGCGAGAGCAAGAUCAGAUUACCAUGCCAACAGAGGUCCGCCCGAGCCUCCGAAGACGAGGAAGGUGAAGAGAAUACAGCGUAGGCUGAAACCCAGACCCGAAUUACCACCUCAUCUUGCAGCAUCCGAUUCAGUAUUUUUCAGAAAGCCUGGCAACGAGUCGGUCGUGGGAUCUGGCACGUAUGGUAAAGUCUUCAAGGGGCUUCACGUGUACACCAACAAGCUCGUUGCUUUGAAAAAGAUACGCAUGGAAGGUGAACGAGAUGGCUUCCCCGUUACCGCAGUUCGAGAAAUCAAGUUGCUACAGUCCUUGAAGCAUCCGAACGUCGUCAACCUACAAGAAGUGAUGGUUGAGAAGAAUGACUGCUUCAUGGUUUUCGAAUAUCUGUCUCAUGAUCUGACCGGCCUAUUAAACCAUCCAUCGUACAAACUUGAUGCUGCGCAGAAAAAACACCUCGCACUACAGCUAUUUGAGGGUCUAGAUUAUCUACACAAACGAGGCGUGCUACACCGCGAUAUUAAGGCGGCAAACAUCUUGGUUAGCAGCGAUGGAGUUUUGAAACUGGCAGAUUUCGGCCUGGCUCGCUUCUACGCCAAACAUCACCAACUCGAUUACACAAAUCGGGUCAUCACCAUCUGGUAUAGAUCUCCCGAGCUAUUACUGGGUGAGACACAAUAUGGUGCCGCCGUGGACAUCUGGAGCGCAGCUUGUGUCAUGGUAGAGAUAUUCACACGCCAUGCAAUUUAUCCAGGUGACGGCGGAGAGAUCAAUCAGUUAGAAAAGAUAUAUGCCAUACUUGGUACGCCGAAUAAGGUUGAUUGGCCUGGUCUUGUCGACAUGCCUUGGUUUGAAUUACUGAGACCUAGCUAUCGGCGACCUAAUGUCUUCGCGGAGAAGUACAAAGAACGAGUCCCGGCAGCUGCCUUUGACUUGCUUGCUGCCAUGUUCCAGUACGAUCCGGUGAAGCGUCCAUCUGCAGCCGAGGUCCUGGAGCAUCCUUAUUUCACGACGGAGCAGCCGCCGCCUAGGCAAGCAGUUGAACUCCAAGAACUUGAAGGUGAAUGGCAUGAAUUUGAGUCAAAGGCGCUACGCCGAGAAAAGGAGAAGCAGGAUCGAGAUGCACGGCGUGCUGCUGCUGCCUCCAAGGAAGGUGGCAGCCGUGAUAAGGAUAGGAAAAGGCCAUCGUCUACACACGAUUCCCAACGAGAAAGCAAACGUCCUCAUGUUGACGGAAAACCACCUCAGCUAGAUCGGGCUUCUAGUUCCACCGCUAUACAGUCCGGCGAGCCUGUAGUGAGUGAGGCUGUGACAGAGUAGGACGUGUCGGCAACCUCACAGAAACCUUACGGGAUUCUUAGCCUCUGUUCAUCCGGAGUCUAAUAUUCGGAUUCUCUAAGACGAUUUACAUGCUUUUCCUAGAUAAUGGCAGAGAAGAGUGGCGGUUCAUAUUCCCAACUAAGAGGUAGUAAAAGGCCAUUUGUACAAAGACUGGUCCCCUGGACAGGCGCUGUCGGCGCUUGGCGGAUCUAUGGCCAUUUUACGGUAGGAGGAAUUACAACGCAUUGCGCAUGGACACCAAGAGCUGGCGAGAGGGGAUAAUUCACAUCAAUAUGUACGCUUACGUAAUUCGGCGGCUUUGAUAGUGAAAUGGAGUAUUAAACAUAAAUGGCUUUAC